UGAUACAGAUAUAGUAUAUAUACUACAUAAUUAAGCUUGAAUUAAUUUCGUCUUUCCAUUGCUCUUGGUUAUUCAGUCUCAUGCUAUCAUCAAGUCCAGAAUUGACUAAUAAAUAGGAGUUAUGAUGGAAGUUAGAUUGGUCUAUUUCUUUUCAUUAUUCUUAGUGUUCUGCAGUCAUGGAUAUGCAUUUGGCUGGUCUAGCUAUUCCCAUCCCAAUCUCCGCUACUACGAAACCAUCAAUGCUGCUCAGUUAAGGAACACGCAUAAAAUUGUGAAGAGAGGCGUCAACUUCAGUGCCAACAAACUCAACUCCAUUAAAGAGCUGGAAUUUAACGCGUUUGGACGUCAGUUCCGAUUGGUGCUGAACAGAAGGAGCGGGCUGCUGGGCCCACACUUCAAUGCAUAUGCUGUAGACGGUAAUGGCGUCGAGAAGCGUAUUGAUAUUGAUCACGAUGGGUUCCUCGAAGGGCGCGUCUAUGGCGAGCAGUCGUCUGAAGUGACGGCUCAUUUGGAAGAUGGCCGACUCACGGCCACCAUCCACACCCCUGACGAGUCAUACCACAUUGAGCCAUCGUGGCGACACAUCCCGAACGCGGACCCGGACGACCUCAUCGUGUACCGCGCGUCGGACGUGUUGCACUCCUGGGACGAUCCUGAAGUGGUGGGACGCAAGCAAAAGCUCAUGGAUUACAUCAAAGAGGGCAAUGAAACAACAGAUGCCGAUGAUGAAUGGGAGAGCGUGGACGAAAGUUCCUUUGACCAUCAGUGGACACCAUCCUUCAACAACGCUUCCCUGGAUGGCCCCCACAGGAGGGUGAAGCGCCAGCAGGCCGAGGCUUAUAACUUCAAUGGCGACAAGACGAGGUGUCCUCUCCUGCUUGUGGCUGACUACAGGUUCUUCAAGGAAAUGGGCGGUUCAAACUACAAAAGCACCGUCAACUAUCUCAUCAGCCUGAUCGACAGAGUGGACAAGAUAUACGAGAACACGGAGUGGCGAGACCAGAGCGACAACGGCGGCUUCCGCGGCAUGGGCUUCGUCAUCAAGAAGAUCUUGGUGCACCAGGAGUGGACGCCCGUGUCCAGCACGCAGGUCCACUACAACAUGCAGAAGGACAGCUGGGACGUCAGGAAUCUUCUUGAGGUGUUCAGCAGAGAGUACAGCCACAAGGACUACUGCUUGGCUCAUCUCUUCACUGACAUCAAGUUCGAGGGCGGCAUCUUGGGCCUCGCUUACGUUGGUUCUCCCAGACGGAACUCCGUUGGCGGCAUCUGCACUCCUGAAUACUUCAAGAACGGCCAUACAUUGUACCUGAACUCGGGUCUGAGCUCCUCCCGCAACCACUACGGACAGCGCGUGAUAACGCGUGAGGCUGACCUCGUCACGGCGCACGAGUUCGGCCACAACUGGGGCAGCGAGCAUGACCCUGACCGUCCUGAGUGCAGCCCUGGUGCCAGCCAGGGCGGGUCUUACCUCAUGUACACUUUUUCACAGAAAUUCUCGCCCUGUAGUCUGCGUGCGAUCCGGUCAGUUUUAGUGGCGAAGUCUUCACGAUGUUUCACGGAGCCCGAGGAAUCUUACUGUGGCAACCAGCGCGUCGAGGGACAAGAAGAAUGUGACGCGGGACUCGUGGGACAAGACGACGUCGACGCCUGCUGUGACAAGCACUGCCAGCUGCGCACCACAGGCGCCAAGUGUUCGGACAAGAACUCGCCUUGCUGUCAGAACUGCCAAUACAUGAACAUGAACGUCAAAUGUCGUGAGGCUCAGCGUGCCACAUGUGAGAAGGUGUCGCGCUGCACAGGCACUAGUGCUACCUGCCCCAAGGCGGAGAGUAUGCCUGAUGGCACGCCAUGCAUCGAGAAGGGCGAGUGCAAGGAUGGCAAAUGUCUGCCGUACUGCGAGGUGCAGCACAUGCAGAGCUGCAUGUGUGAUACAAUUGAGAACGCUUGCAAGCGCUGCUGUCGUAAGAACCUCAACGACACCUGCUUCCCCAUCAAGCCUGUGGACAUCCUGCCCAGUGGCACUCCUUGCAUCCACGGCUUCUGUAACGAGGGCAAGUGCGAGAAGACGGUUCAGGACGUGGUGGAGCGCUUCUGGGACAUCAUCGAAGACAUCAACAUGAACACCGUGCUGAUGUUCUUACGCGACAACAUCGUGGGCACGGUGCUCGUGGUGUCCGUGCUCAUCUGGCUGCCGGCGAGCUGCGUGUUUAGCCUUGUGGACAGGCGAGUGAGGUCCAACUAUGAGAAAUAUGUACGCUGGUACUACAGUACUGAGCUCAUACAUCCUAAUGACAGUGUCAAGGUGAUCGUAAGCAAGCGUACCCGAGUACCCAACAGCGGCACUCAUCAUAAUCUGGAUGUGCGUCAUCGUCCUGAGGGAGCUGAGACACGGCCACCUCUCUCUACCCCACACUGUAAUCCCCCUCACUCACACCACUUCGCUAGCCCUCUCUAAAGCUGCUCUUUUAAUCGUCUCCUUCUCUAUCCAUUCAUGCUAUCCCUCUCCUCACAAUACGUCGCUAGCCCUCUCUAAAGCAGCUCUCAUAAUCGUCUACUUUUCUACUCCUAUGCGAUCCUUCCACUCACACCACUUUUCCAGCCCUCUUUAAAAGAGCUCCCCCAAUCGUCUCCCUCUUUAAAGCCCUCUAUAAUCCCUCUCACUCGCACCUCUUCGCCAGCCCUCUCUAAAGCAGCUCUCAUAAUCUUCUCUACUCAUUUCUGCGAUCCCUCCACUCACACCACUUCUCCAGCCCUCUUUAAAAGAGCUCCCUCAAUCGUCUCCCUCUUUAAAGCCCUCUAUAAUCCCUCUCACUCGCACCAUUUCGCCAGCCCUCUCUAAAGCAGCUCUCAUAAUCGUUGAAGUGUGGACUGUCACAGUCAUUCACUUUCCUAGUGUCUCCUGAAUAGUUUCUUUCCCUCUUUGUUCACAUAUAGUUCUACAAGAGGUUAUUUACACUCGCUUGCCCUUGAGUACCUUUUGCAAUUAUAUUCUGUAGUUUAAAACUGAAUGAUUCCGAAAAUGAUUAUUUAAAUUUAGUCUCUUUAUUGAAUUCCAUUCUCAUAUUACAUAAAUUGGAAAUGCCUCACUAGUUUAAACUUAGUAACUUGCACUGCGCAUCCUCUAUAAAAUAGAACCAGUUUUUCGUCUUGCAAAAUUUGUAAUCCGGCGGCUAUGUAGAAUUGCUGAUAAAAUAGCUUGGGCAUUGCUUGAGCAGCCAUCGGUCGGUAUCAUACCACGAUACCUGGCAUUGGUAUUCCUAGUUGAUCUCGGAUUUUUUGGCAUCUAAUUUAAAAAAAUAUAGAAGAUAUUUUGUAAUCUGUUAUUUUCGUUUUUUGUUGAUCUCUGACAAGCUUGUCGUUUUGUCAAUGUCCGAAGAUUUUGUUUUAAAGUAGUUGAACUAUUUUUCAUAGUUUAAAUAUAGUUUUUAAAGUGACGCUGCUAUGAUAUUAUUUUCGACUUGAGAUCUCAACUUCAAGACAUUCCUACGCCGCACUAGACGUGUAAAAUAUUAUCAAUGGUUAGCAUAGAUAAAUUAAUGUAAGGCGAGUGUCUAUUUUAAAAGUGUAAUUGUCUUUGAGCUUCAACAUAAAGCUUAUCAUUUUAAUUAUCAUUCAAGUAGCUUGUUUAAGUAUUUUAUAGAUCGUUAUUUCCUUCGUGGAAGGUUUGAGUAAUGUUCAAAAUUCAUCAUUUGUAUGCCUUGUUCAAAAAAAUGGAACAAUUAGGUGCAAGGCAAACAGCGUUUAAAUGAUCACGUUAAAUAACGUUAAUCGCAUUAUUUAUUUACUUCCUCUAAAAAUACAAGUAUUUACCCGUGUAAAUCUUAAUUAUUACGGGUCAUGAAAUAGUACCAUAACUGCAACGCAAUUACAUCAGAGGCGUUUGCUUCCUAAAGCCUGUCGAUAAUUAGUCGUCUGAGCAGCCAUUCUUUUUAAUCAUAAAAUGGACACUAAAAUUGUUCUCAUCACUUAUGCGCCUCAGUCAAUUUGAUGUGUAUUCUUUACAAAACUAAGUGCUCUGCUGUGUCUGGUUUCCUUGCAGUUAGUUACUUUUACAUUCAAUCUAAAAAAUGUUAGUUAGUUACUCGAGCCAUUUUUCUAGUUCACAUCAGAUGCACCAACUUGACACCGUAUAUCUUUCUCAUUGUUGAUAACAACGUACGGUAUGUGUCGUUUGAUUGUACUAAGUGAACUUUUCCUUAGUUUCUGAAGAACUUGAAAUAAUUCUUAAUUCCUAUCGUUGCAGAAAAAGAGCGAAAGUGGCACUGAAAACUCGGUCUUGAGAAGAAGGUAGUAUUGUGUGUGUCUAACAAAGCUUUAAUAAUUGUGCGGAACGGAAAUUUUGAUGUGGUCUAUGUCCGAGAAAAUAUUUUGUGUGGUGUAUCCUAUUUUGUGUUGUCUAAUAUUCAAAUUCAUCUUCUGCAUACUCUAGUCUAGGUCAUUUGUAAUGAAAAUAGUUGUAGGCAUACCGUGAUCCACAUUCUUUGUAUUUUAAGUCUAUAGAUAUACGAUACAUGUAGAAAUCAAGCACAUCUGAUUCAGUGUUUUUCCAUAUUCUAUUACGAUAUAUAUUCUUAGAGUUUUAAAUUAAUGUUAUGGAAUUAAUUUCUGAAGCUAACAACAUUCAUGUAUCUUGAAUUCUCUUUUAUCGCGUCCCGUUCUCAUGCUCUCAUGCCAUCAUUUUAUGUAAGACUGUGUUUAUCAAAUGAAAUAUUGUUGUCUUUGAACAAAGACGUUUGUUUUGUGUAUUUUGAUGGAAUUACUACUCCAGUAUUACUAAAUUUUAAUUGUUUAUAAGUCGAAAUAGAUACAUGUUUAUAACCGGGAACUAACUUCCCUCGUUUCGAUUCUUCUUCACGCUUCAGCUUAAGUGAAUAAAUUGAAAUAUUCAUGAGAUAAUCUGUUUGAACGGAUUUAAUAUCGAAGGCAUGCAAAUUUUUUCCCUAUAGGUGUCCACAAACUAUAAUUAUGUAGCACUGAGCACAAAUAAUAUUGAAUAAUACUGAAUUAUUCUUAGUGAUACAGGGAGAGCUGGAUCAAGAUGAGCUGCUAUUUGUGGUGUUUGGUUAUCGUAAUUUGCUUCUGGGGGGAAAUUUCCAGAAAUUUUGCGUUUACUUUGAUUUAAUUAUUACAAGUUGCUGGCAUCAAGGCUAUGUUUCUGCCUGUUAUUUAUGUACGGGUAAUUCUCGUAUUCUUGAUUUUGUUUUCCCAUGAUUCUCACUUGAUUUUUACUGAAAUCUGAACAAACUGACGCCAUGGGCCUAUUUAUUCAGUGCCGACACUUCUAUUCUAUUCUAUUCUAAGUGUCUUUUACCGUUUAAUAUUUAACGUGCAUUUGCCUGAGUAUUGCCAUGAUCCAUAUUUUUAAAAGAAAUGGCCAAGUAAAGCCAAUUAAUUACCCAUCAUUGGGAGAUGGUAAAUUCCUUCAGAGCUCCUAUGCCGUUAAUUUAAGAUAACCUGAAGAUAAGGAGCAUGAAAGCGUGCGAGUUGGUAUUAACGUGACAGCAUGCAAUCGUUGUGCAUGACGAAUGGAGUGACACGAAACUAACUUCGGUGUUUGUGAAGGAAGAAAUUUUGGUUUUGUUCUGUGGUUUUCGAAUGUCGACGUUAAUACGUUCCAUGUGGAGUGUCGACUUCUCAAACGACCAAAUUUCAAAUAAAUUUUUAAUCGAAGGAAAUUAUCGAAAACCAAUUAACUUGAUUCGAACUUGAAUUUUCCUUAUAAAACUUUUGAUUUAUAUUGAAUGAUUGCUCUUUUUCCUGAAAAAAAAAUUACUAAUACAUGCUAAAAUAAACAGCCUUUUAAAUAUUCGACCUAACUUGAUAGUAGCUAUAGCGUACGGUAUCAUUAAACGCUGCUUACUUCGAUAUUGAGGAACAUCUUUGGAUCGACUGAGGAGUGUCUGUUAGAGGGCCAUACACUGGAAAACAAAUCCUUUUCUUAAAGUACACCUAGAAUCUGAAUGUGGAAUUUUUUGGCAAAAUUCAUUCAUUAAUUCUCUGCGAAUUUAUAUUCUGUGGCUGUAUCAGUUACGCUUCCUCCUAUAUCAUGGUUUUGAGUGACCGCCUUUUCAAUUCUUUAUUCUCAUUAUUUUCCUUUUGUCAGUAUCUCCAUGUUUCUUUCUCGGGACCCAUUUUUCACUUGAAUUGUUGUAUAAAGUGAACAAAAUAUCGUGCAAUCUGCAUAAACGACGGGCAGAGACCAUGUGACAAAUGCAACAGACUAACACCAACUGGCGCUAGAUGAGCAAAUCGGCAUUUUCGGAGUCGCGUCGAAUUUCAUAUUUCCGUCGACUACUGAGUUAUAUUUUAUAAAAAAUUUGCGUAUUCGUCCGAUUCCUAAAACUGUCGACUACCUGGGUUCCACUGUACUAUGUACUUGAUUUUUCAUUAGUACUGUUAGUAUGCACGCAUUACCGUACUUUAAUGACUUAAAAUAAGGGAAAAUGUCACUUCUGUUUAGAUAGGCGUUUUUGGUCGUUGCUGUCAGUAAUUGAUUAUAAGGGUUGAUGAUUUGUUUAUAGUUGUAAUGCAGCGCAAGUAUCCUGACCUAGCACCCUAGCUUUAUUAAUGCACGACCUGUCUAACAGACACUCAGAUUGCCCCAAUAGUGAAAUACAAACUCACCGUGGCAGUAUAUAUGUUACUUUUGAUUGUGUUACUUUUAUUUAUAAACUAAGCUUAUUAGUUUGGGAAAAUUUUAAAUGUUCCACUCUGUAAUUCAAGUCCAUUGAUUCAAAUACUACAUUCAUUUUUAGGUAUGCGUAUUUUCCAUAAUACGUCUAAUGGUAAUUUAAGCUUUAAUUUAUAAUAUGUUCCAUGUAGGACAUAUCGAAGUGCAUAAUUAUUUAAGUCGUUCAAAAAUUAGCUCUGUUAAGAUUGAUCGGUUAUGAAGGUUUUUAUCAUUUAAAACCGAAUAUUUAUUGCAACGCGGCCAGUUUAACGUAUGUCGUUUAUGAUUUAAAUACAAGAUAAUUACCAUUGUUCCGUUGUACAGUGCGGCACAAUCGUUAGAUGUUUUAGUGAAUAAACCCUCGUAUAUCUGCA